UGUGCCUUAUAAGGGAGACUGGUUGGAGGUUGAGUAUUCAAUUCAACCAGGCACCUCGAAAAUGAAGACACACUCAGUGAAGCCUAUUAUGCGUAAUCAUGUCAAAGAGGCCCGUGUUACCAGUGUGAAUGGAAGACAUGGGGUGAUAGAUCACAAUUACUAUUUUACUCUGGAUUCUCUGAUAUGCCCUAAGGGAUAUGUGCCUCAAGUCCACGAUGUUGUCAGUGUGGACAUCGUGGAGAGUGAUCAGAAGCAGUAUCUGUGGAGAGCAUUUGCAAUCAACCCAAUUGAAACAUCACUGUAAUGACAAUACUUAAGUAUUUCCUGUCCACUCUUAUUCCUGAGGGCUGUAAAGGGCAUGGUCCCUUGAAAACUUCAACUUUGCCUUCAAUAAAACAAAUUGAGUACAAUUAUUUUGGUGUGGACAAUGAGAAACUCACUGCCUCUUGAGGUCCCUGAACCCACUGUAGCAGAGGCCAUUGAUUUAUUAGCAAACAUGAGCUGGAGAGUUGCAGAAAGAAGGAAGGAACUUGUCAUAAAUCCUUUGAAAUUAUAAUUUAAUUUUUUGAUCUUUGUACUCCGAAUUGGAUUGAUUUAUACAGAGCCUGCUGACUUUCCUCAAGUCAGAAUUUUAGGUAAUGAAUUGGCUUCCAAAAGCAGCAGCAUGAUAAUAUACAUUUCACUGCUUUGAUACUUGCAAUUAACUUCUCUAUGAACCCACAAUUUGCUUUAUGCCCAAUUGUUUUUGUCCAUGGCAUCUUUCAUCUUUCAUCAACAGCAAAAUUUGAUGGUAUCUAUUGUUGCUGUA